AUGUGUGCUUUGAUUUUCCAUUUCUUGCUACUGAACAUCCCCCUUCUCCUGGCCAGUUUCAUUCAUCCUAGGUGCUAUUGGAGAAUGAAGUUGAAGGAAGAAAAAGACCUGGACUUGGGGGCAAAUUGUGUCUUCUUCCUUCAAGCAACCUCUGAGACAAUAGGCAGAAAGGAUUGGAACAAAUAUCUGAAUACAUUCAAAACAACAAAAAGCAGGCAAUUUGCUUUUGCGUUGGCUUUUUCCAUGGAUGAAGUCAACAGGAACCCUGGUCUUUUACCAAAUAUGUCUCUGCUUGACUACAUUGGAUUUGGUUGUAAGACACUGCCACAAUUCACCAGUCAUAUGCGUAUGGUCAUAAACAGUGUUCUACCUAAUUAUGACUGUACAAGAAACAAAGCGUGUGCAGUGUUACUUACAGGAACAAGCUGGGAAACAGCGGCAACAAUAGAGACAUUCAUGAACCUCUUACUAGGUUACCAGGUCCUUCUUCUUACAUUUGGACCUUUCCAUCCUGUCCUAAGUGACCAAGAACAAUUUCCUCUUCUAUAUCAGAUGGCCCCUAAGGACAUAUCAUUAGCCCUGGCCAUUGUAUCCUUCGUACUUUAUUUCAAAUGGAACUGGGUUGGGCUAGUCAUCUCAGACAAUGAUCAAGGCAUACAAUUUCUCUCAUAUUUGAGGAGAGAGAUGGAAAUAAACACAGUCUGCUUUGCCUUUGUGAACAUGAUCCCAAUCAACAUGGAGUCAUACAUGUCAAGAGCAGAAGUGCAUUACAACCAAAUCAUGACAUCUUCCACAAAUGUGGUCAUCAUUUAUGGUGACAUAGAGUAUACAAUAGCUUUGAGUGUAAGAAGGUUGGAAUUUCUUUGUAUAAAGAGAAUAUGGAUCACAACGUCCCAGUGGGAUGACACCAUGAGUAAGAGGGACGACACACUGGACUCAUUUCAUGGGACUCUUACUUUUGAACACCAUCGUCCGGACAUUUCAGGUUUCAGAAAUUUUGUCCAGACAUUGAACCCCAUCAAAUACUCUGACAAAUACCUGGCAAGCCAGGAGUGGAUGUACUUUAACUGUGAAGCCUUGACACCUAACUGUAACACAACGAAGAACUGCUCAUCCAAUGCCACAUUGCAAUGGCUAAUGGAACACACUUUUGACAUGGCCUUUAGUGGUAGCAGUUAUGACAUAUACAAUGCUGUGUAUGCCUUUGCCCAUACCUGUCAUGAGUGGUUAUUUCAGUACAUAGUUCAUCAUGAAAUAAGCACAUGGAACAACUACAAUCAUCAGUGCUUUAAGCUUUAUGACAUUCUGAGAAAUAUCCACUUCACAAAUCCAGUUGGUGACAGAGUAAAUAUGAACCAAAGAGAAAAACUGCAGGAGGAAUGUGACAUUUUCUAUAUUUCCAAUUUGCAACAAGGUCUUGGAAUCAAGGUGAAGAUUGGAAGUUUCAGCCCAUAUUUUCCACAUGGUCAACAGCUCCAUUUAUCUGUAGAGAUGAUGGAGUGGGCUACAGGAAGUAAAAAGAUAUUGCCCUCUGUGUGUAGUGCUGAUUGUGGUCCUGGAUUCAGAAAAUUCUGGAAGGAAGGAAUGGCCACCUGCUGUUUUGAAUGCAGCCCAUGCCCAGAAAAUGAAAUUUCUAAUGAGACAAAUGUGGAUCAAUGUGUGAUGUGUCCAGAGGAGCAGUAUGCCAACCCAGAGCAGACCCACUGUAUAGACAAAGCUGUGGUCUUUCUGAGCUAUGAAGAUCCAUUAGAUAUGGCUCUUGCCUUAAUAGCCCUGUGCUUCACUGCAUUCACUGCUGUGGUUCUUGGGGUCUUUGUGAAGCACCAUGACACUCCUAUUGUAAAGGCCAAUAACAAAACCCUCAGUUACUUCUUACUUAUAUCACUCAUGUUCUGUUUCCUCUGCUCCUUGCUCUUCCUUGGGCGUCCAAACACAUCCACCUGCAUCCUGCAGCAGAUCACAUUUGGAAUUGUAUUCACCGUGGCUGUUUCCACAGUUCUGGCCAAAACAAUCACUGUAGUUCUGGCUUUCAAACUCACAGGCCCCAGAAGAAGGAUGAAGUAUAUCCUAAUAUCAGGAGUACCUAACUACAUCAUUCCCACUUGCUCCCUAUUCCAAGUAAUUCUGUGUACAAUUUGGCUAGGAUCUUCUCCUCCAUUUGUUGAUAUUGAUGCACAGUCUGAGCAUGGCCAUAUCAUCAUUGUGUGUAACAAGGGCUCAGUUACUGCGUUCUACUCUGUCCUGGGAUACUUGGCCUUCAUGGCCAUGGGAAGUUUCACUGUGGCUUUUCUGGCAAGAAACCUGCCUGACACCUUCAAUGAAGCCAAGUACCUGACGUUCAGCAUGCUGGUGUUCUGCUGUGUCUGGGUCAGCUUCUUCCCUGUAUAUCACAGCACCAAGGGCAUGGUAAUGGUUGCUGUGGAGAUCUUCUCCAUCUUGUCUUCCAGUGCAGGGAUGCUUGGAUGUAUCUUUUUUCCUAAGUUCUACAUAAUUGUGUUAAAACCUGAAAGAAACUCUAUCCAAAAUUUGAGGCCAUCCUUGUCCACAAAGCAAGUCUAG